AUGAGUGGUUCCGGUAAAGGUCUUCUCGGACUUUGGUUAUAUCGAAAUGGAUCCGAUUGGCAAGUAAAGAAUGAUUCGCCCCAUCAUCCCAAACUUGGGGAGUUGGCCGCAGCGCGCCAACAGGCUCAAACUCAUGUUGAGAGCGAGAGGAUUUCAAUGGUAUUUACAUUGAAGAACCAAGUUGGUGGAUUAGUUCGGGCUCUCACUGUAUUCCAAGAUUUGGGUAUCAAUGUUCUGCAUAUUGAAUCGCGGAAAUCUAUGACUGAAGUAGCUUCUUCCGACAUCCUCGUGGACGUCGAAUGUGACCCCCAACGAAUGGAACAACUGAAGAGAAUGCUCAAGCGCGAAGUCCAGGAUUUUGAAGUGGUCCCGCCGCAGGUGCAAGACGAGUUUCCACCUCCAACACCACUUUCGGCUGCUGCUAGUUUCGACUUCGGCGAGAUGCCGUGGUUCCCUCGUAAGAUAUCGGACUUGGACCGUGCUCAAAACGUUUUGAUGUACGGAUCGGAACUGGACGCCGAUCAUCCUGGCUUCAAAGAUCCGAUUUAUCGCAAACGACGAGAGCAAUUUGCCGUUAUCGCCAACAACUACAAAUAUGGCCAGCCAAUACCUAAAGUCCAAUACACGGAAUCUGAGAUUAAAACAUGGGGAGUCGUGUUCCACGAACUCCACGUGUUAUACCAGAAGCAUGCUUGCCCCGAAUACUUAGAAAACUGGCCCCAGCUUGUAAAAUACUGCGGCUAUAGGGAAGACAACCUACCUCAGCUGGAAGAUGUCAGUGUUUUCUUGAAGCGUAAGACAGGAUUCCAACUGAGACCUGUCGCUGGCUAUCUGUCACCGAGGGACUUUUUGUCGGGCCUCGCCUUCAGAGUGUUUCAUUGCACCCAAUACAUACGGCAUCCAUUCAAUCCCUUCUACACUCCUGAACCGGAUUGCUGCCACGAACUUCUUGGACAUAUGCCCCUACUUGCCAAUGCAAGUUUUGCGCAGUUCUCUCAAGAACUUGGCUUGGCAUCGUUGGGGGCUUCAGACGAAGACAUCGAUAAAUUAGCUACGCUAUAUUUCUUUACGGUAGAGUUUGGCCUGUGCCGCCAACCUGAUGGGUCAUUCAGGGUAUACGGAGCUGGUCUACUGUCUUCUAUAGCUGAAUUGCAGCAUGCACUUACCACUCCGGAGAAGAUCAAGCGCUUCGAUCCCGAUGUCACGGUCAAUGAGAAAUGUCUAAUCACAUCCUAUCAGAACGCUUAUUACUACACUGACUCGUUUGAAGAAGCCAAGGAGAAAAUGAGGGCAUUUGCGGAGAGCAUUCAGCGGCCAUUCGGAGUCCGAUACAACCCCUACACUCAGAGUGUUGAAGUCCUUAGCAACGCGCAGAAAAUUACCGCCUUAGUGUCAGAGUUGAGGGGCGACAUCUGCAUUGUCUCCUCUGCCCUCAAGAAGAUCUCGGCCCAAGAUUCCACUGUUGAUGUUGAGACGAUUGCCAAUAUGCUGCACACUGGUUUUCAGGUCCAUGAGAGAAGUCCGCAGAGCGCGUCUGGCGGUAGCACACCCAAUUCGGAACGUGGGGCGUCGCCCAGACCUGAACCAUCUAGAUCGGAUAAUGAAGCACCUAAGAGCUAUUCUACCAACUAAAAUUACCAUGUGUUAAAUCAUUCGUUCUGUCUUUUUAAGUACUCGAAUCAUGGGCUCAUAAUAUAUUGGUCUAAUGUAAUCAUUUGUUCUAAAUUAUUCGGUAGUUUAAGA